AUGGAAGCUUUGUGUGUAAACGGAGGAGCACUGGGUGCUGAUCCAGUGAGGGUAGCUGUGAAGGAAGAGGAACAGGAUGGUGAGAAUUCGUAUCCAAUUAGGUCUCUGUCAGUGUUCCUCAAACUGAAGAAAGAGGAGGUGGAGAAUGACCCUGAACCUAAUGCCUCAGAUGUCUUAACUUUAAAGGAAGAUCCAGACAUCUCAGAGCCAGUGAUUGAGAGGUCUAAGAAGGAAAACGGGAAGAAGAAGAAGCUGGAGAGGAAAGAGUGGGUGUCCAUGGAGCCUGAGGGAGAGGACUCAUUAUGGCACUGUAAAUUAUGCCAACGCUGUUUCAGUUCAUCCUGGGAACUAACUGGACAUUGCUGCAUGGGCAUAAUAGGUGACGGUGAAGAAGGAACAGACGAUUACACCUCCAAACUGGAGUUCCGGUGCCCCGUAUGUGGAGAUCGCUUCUUCCGUCCCACGGCUUUCAUCAUGCACAAGCGUAGUCAUGUAAGCCAAUCAAGGUACCUAUGUGGUGUCUGUGGCCGCACACUCAAGACGCUCCGGAAGCUUGCCUUUCACCGGCAGGCACACUCCCGGGCUGGCCUUUGGCAGCACCAUUGCCAAAAGUGCAGCCGGAAGUUCAGCAAUCAUAAUGCACUUAAAAAACACCAGGAGAGUCAGCACGGAGAAGAGUGGAGCUGCAUGGACAGGGAGGAGAAAAUGAAAGAUGGAGAGGAGAAAGGGCGAGGCACCACAUCACCUCCCAAAGACAGCAGAGGCAAGUUAGCUCAGGUUCUCCAGUCACCACAGUGUCUGCAGUGUUUUAUGACAUUCCAGGAUGUGGAAACUGCUGAGAGACACCUCCGUUUCAAGCACCCAGCUGAGUAUGAGCAACAGCUACAAGGUCACACUGUAUUUGCCUGCUGUGUCUGUGACCAUACUUUCCCUUCCUCGCGUUUGCUCUCCGCGCACCAGCGCACUCACAGCAAAUGGAGUAUGACCUCAUCUAGUUCAGAGCAUUUAAUGCUGGGUAAAACAGACACUGAAGAAGUAUUAAGGGACAGGAGCUUGGACUGUGUAACUACAGUGCAGAGAUCUGGAGAUGCACAAACUGUUCAAAAUAAUUACAGUUCAAUGAGCUGCCUCCACUGCCACAUCAUUUUCGCUGACCCACGGACAUGGGAGCGACACAUGAAUACGAAGCAUCCAUCUUCGCCACCUGCAGGUGUCGGAAAUAGCUCUAAAGAAAUGUUCCACAGACCCAGCGAGGGCCAAGAGAGACCAUACCACUGCUGCACCUGUGGAGAAAGGUUCAUUCGAGAAAGUUCUUUGACAAAACAUUGCUCUGAAACACACUCAAAGUGAGAAGGGCUGACACAUGGACGAUAUUUGAAAAGCAAUAGACAGGAAGAAGAAGAGGAGAGAGAGAAACAGAAACCUCUGAGAGAGUGUUUAUUAAUUUUAACUUUGUGGAAUCACACUGUCAGACCACUGGAGGUGACUGGAGAAACAUAUUUGUUUGGCUAG